AAAAGAAAGAGAAGAGCGAGUGAACACAGUGGGCUGGGGGGUGGUGUUGAAAGGUGGUGGUGGUGGUGGUGGCUGCUUCCAGCGCGCGAUGGGACCCGACCACUUUGAUUCAGAGUUGGCGGUCGAGCAGCAGGACGAGCGGUCAGCGUGAAGCGCUGUGAGCUCCCGGAGGUCAGAGGUCAGAGGCAGGCUGACAGGACAGCUGAAGAGAGAGUGAGAGACAGAGAGAGAGGAGAGGACCUGAAGAUGUUGGCUCUGAGGACGUUUGUCCUGCUGGGACUGAGUUGGACGUGUCGAGCCGCGUCCAGUGAUCCGUGGGGACAGUGUCCAGUCAACAGAAAGUGUAAGGACAAGUUUGGAAACGGGUCAUGUGACAAAGACUGCAAGGAUCCCGAGUGCCUCGUGGACGGCUUCGACUGCCUGAAGGACCGGGGCCACUGCAAUCCGGGUCAUAUCCAGUACUGCCGCGACCACUACGGCAACUCCCACUGCGAGCGGGGCUGCGACAGCGCCCCCUGCGGGUGGGACGGCAGCGACUGCUUCGCCCACCAGCGCCCCCUGUGGGCCAGGGGCACUCUGGUCCUUCACGCCAGCCUGCCGGCGCACCGCGGCGCCUCCGCCAACAGCUCCCUGCUCUGGGCGCUCAGCGUCGUCCUCCGGUCGCCCCUCAAACUGAGGGGCUCGGCGCCGCUCGCCACCGACCGGGACCUGUUUGACUUGGACCCCCAGCAACUCGCCGACCUGCUGGCUCAGGCGUCCGCCGGGGACUCGAACGGCUCCCUCCUCUUCCUCCAAGUGGACAACAGGCCAUGCUCCCGUCUGCCCUCGGCAUGUUUCAAUCAGGCCACCGAGGCAGCCAGUUUCCUGCGUGCCUCGAUGCUGCUGAAGCCCGGCUCCUUCCCCGACCUCCCGCAGCUGAGGGCCGUCGUCAGCAUUAGGGGUGUGCGAGAGGAAAUAGGAAGCCGCGAGGAGGAAACGGUGGGAGAGGAAGUCAAAGAGCCCACCCGUGCGUGGCUGUGGGCCGUGGUUGCCGUGGCGAUCGGCCUGCUGCUGCUCCUGGCCCUGGUGGCGUUCCUGUUGGUGAGGAGGGUGAGGCGGCAGCGGGCCCUGAGGGAAGAUGACACCAACAGGGGGCGACACCGGCCCGCGGCCACCGACAGUGACCCCAAAGCCAAGGCCCCGACGCCGCACACCGCCCACCAAGAGCAGAGGGCGCGACUCAGCAGGGAGAAAGAGAAGAGCAGCUUCCAGAGGAAGAAGAAGAAGGCAAAGGAGGCGGAGAAAAAGAGGAGGAGGGAGCCGCUGGGGGAGGACGCCAUUAGAAUGCGGCCCCUCAAAAAGGAACAGGAUAUAGGAAGUGACACAGACUUUACCCAGAGUUCCAUGGAAGACAUCAACGCCAGAUGCUCCAGACGACAAGAGGACGCCUCCAUCUGUGACCACAGGAGCCCCGAGCAGAAACACUACCGGGCUGGAGGCUCUCAGCCCCGGAGACCUGCGCAGCCUCCACCUAGAGGAUGGGAGAUGGGAAACGCCAUUCCUCCUCCUCUACUCAGUCCUCCCCAGCAGUCGGCAGAGUGGUGCGGCCCGGAUGGCUCCGUGGUUCUGAUCCGAGCGGUGCGCAGCGGGCUGGACCGGGUGGUCCUGGAGCUGCUGCGAGCCGGGGUACCGGUGAACAACACGGAUCACACUGGGAGAUCAGCCCUGCACUGGGCAUGCUCAGUAAACCAUCUCACCCUAACAAGGACCCUCAUUCGCUACGGGGCGGCCGUGGACCUGCAAGACAACAAAGGGGAGACGUCGCUCUUCCUCUCCGCCCUCCAUGGCUGCUACGAUACGGCCAGGCUUCUCCUCCUCCACGGCGCCAACCUGGAGCUGCACGACCGUAGAGGACGCCGUCCGAUCGACGCGGCCAGGGAGGGCAUUCACCACCAGGUCCUGGAACUCCUGCUGGCUCACCAAAUUCAGAGGGGGCCUGCUCCCGUCGACCCGGCCAAUGAGAUGCUGUGGGAGGAGCGCGCUCUGAUGUACUCGUCAUGGGUCGGAUCACAGGGCAUCCCCGGAAGGAGCGCGUCCUUCUCUGGGAUCAUAGGGCACCGAGAUAUGACCCCACCUCCGCAAAAUGAUUGGUCGAUGAGCCGCGUGCAGUACCCCGCCGCCCAGAACUGGCGACCGCAGCAGCUCAACCAAUCAGCGACAGCGCUGGUCCCACCAAGGGUCAUGGGCCGCUCCCCUCGGCCCAUCAGCACCUUACAGGAGGUGACCUCAGAAGACGAGGAUCGCGAUAGGCAUCACGAAGUCCCCAGAGCUGCAACGCCUCACUUCCUGUCGCCCCAGCCUGCGCCUCGGCAGCGUUCCUUCUCCUGCACCCAGCAUGCAUUGCAGCGCCGCUCCAGUGCCCACCAGCCAGAGCCCAAUUAUGUCAUUGUGACAGACAGAACAGCCAAUGAGCACAUAGAAAGAGUGGUUGUUUCACCUCCCGCAGACGCCGCCGCCCAUUCAGAUCAUCGGCCGCCGGUCGUGAGCGGCAACCAUCCCGGUAGAGCGGACCACGGGGGGCCGAGUCCACCUCAUUCAGACCUGAAGUCCAGAGGCGAGAGGUCAAACAACGCGACCGACUCCACGCAAACAGCCUUGUAGAGAAACGAGCAACACGACUCCGGCUCCUUUUCCACUCCGCCCAAGAGAAUAGCAUCGAAGAACCGGUGAAGAUAACGAUAAGCUAUAUUGGGAUAGGAAAUAUUGUUCAAUGUGCAUCUGCACAGCAGCACCUCCCCAGCUUUCACUCAGCCCGACCUAAAUUAGUGUUUUUAUAUUUUUUACUGAGAGGGGUUCAGUGUCUUUGUAAAUGUUCCGUGACACGACAGUUAAUAGAGAUGCAUAUCAGUCAAACACUGCCACAUCUGGUGAAUCUUGUUCCCUGAUAUCUUAAUGUGUUUGUAUUAGGGUUGGAUCUUGAUUAUUCCAGAAACAUUCAGAGAAAUGAGGAAUAAAAAAACGUGUGUAUUAUCGCACAAGGAUGUCGGAAUCUUGCUGAUUCAUGCAAUAAAGUGUCACUUGUUGUGUCACAA